AUGGAACAAAGCCACAACACUGCAGAAGCUACCUCUACCAAUGGGUUUUCUAUCUCUCCUUGCCAGCAAAAUCACUCUGAAAUUCCUGCAUCUGAGGAUGACAAAGCUGGGGCAGGAUUACUUUUCUCUGGAAUCUUUUUGGGGGUUAUAGGAAUCACCUUCACUGUGAUUGGAUGGGUGAAAUAUGAAGGAGUCAUUCACUUUGAAUGGACUCGAUUGCUUGGGCCCACUCUGUUUUUAAUGGGCGUGACAUUUCUGCUGAUUGCUGGGUUCAAAUUUAAAAUAUUCUCCUGCAACGCUUGCAACCAGAAUGAAGAGAGCUCACUUGGCACCGAAAGAACAUAUAAUGGGCUUUAUGCUGGAAUUAGGCAGCCCAUCACUCUUCAUGGAGCUGCAAUGGUUCCUUACCGGCCUUCUCCAACCCAGGAAAGGGUCGCUACCAAUUUGGCCAAUUGGCAGCAAGUAUUGAGCCAUUCUGAAUUUCUCCCUGGCUCCUCAUCAAUAAUUCCUAUUCUUAAUCAUCCUCAUUCUGAUAAUGUCACUCCCAUGGGCAGCUCAGCUUUUUUAGAAGAGAAUUAUUCUGCUUAUCUUACAGUGGACACCAUAAGUGAAAGGUCAAUUAACAGUCUUGUGGAACCUGAAGAGAUAUUGGAUGAAGAUCUUUGCAAUGAUUCCUUACCUCCUCCUUAUGAGAAGCUAUUCCCACCUUUGCCAUAA